AUGAUCUUCAAUUCUUCUAUCCAUCGUAUUGAGGAAGGUCAUGUAGGUGUAUAUUAUAGAGGAGGAGCCCUGCUGUCAGCCACAAGUGAACCAGGCUACCAUUUCAUGUUACCAUUUAUUACUUCAUAUCGAUCAGUCCAGACAACUUUACAGACUGAUGAAGUGAAGAAUGUGCCAUGUGGGACAAGUGGUGGAGUGAUGAUUUACUUUGAUCGUAUAGAAGUUGUCAACAAGCUGGAUAUUGAAGCUGUUCAUGAUAUUGUUAAGAAUUAUACAGCUGACUAUGAUAAAACACUUAUUUAUAACAAAAUACACCAUGAGCUGAACCAGUUCUGCAGUGUGCAUAACUUACAAGAGGUUUAUAUAGACUUAUUUGACCAGAUUGAUGAGAACUUGAAGAGAGCCUUACAAGAAGAUCUGAACAGUCUUGCUCAAGGACUAAUGGUUCAAGCUGUCAGGGUAACAAAACCUAAAAUUCCUGAAAGUAUCAGGCGGAACUAUGAAGCCAUGGAAGCAGAAAAGACAAAGUUGCUGAUAUUCCAAGCUCGCCAGAAAGUUGUCGAAAAGGAAGCGGAAACAGAAAGGAAAAAAGCUAUUAUUGAGGCUGAAAAAUCUCAGAUGGUUGCUAAAAUUACCUGGGAGCAAAAAAUAAUGGAAAAAGAAUCUGAGAAGAAAAUUGCUGAAAUUGAAGCACAAACUCAUGUGAAUAAAGAGAAAAGUAUUGCAGAUGCAGAAUUUUAUAAAGCUGAAAGGGAAGCUCAAGCAAACGCGCUUAAAUUAACCAAAGAAUACUUGGAAUUGGAAUCUUUAACGAGUUCCCUUCCAACCAGUACAGUACGGAAGUCAAAUCAGCAACCAAGAAAUCCUGAAAUGGAUUUCCUCCUUGAUUUGAAGGCAGGUACCAUUGCCCAUGAAUUUCUCAUCUCCAAAAGCCUUCCUACACCUUUUGCCUCACUUGAUUGA